AUAAGGAGUGCGCCGCGUCUCCUUUUGCUUUGAAAAGUCUCUACAAGUAUACCUGUCUGCAGCUUGCUGAAAGUGUCCAGAUGAGGAGGAAAAUCUCCAGGUGAAACGACUGAGAUCUGUGAGACAAACUGCUGUAAAGAUGGAGUUUAUUAAAGAGGAGAUUGAAGACAUCAGUAUUACACAACCAUACACAAUAAAAAGUGAAGAUACUGACGGACAAAGAGAUCUGAUGGAGCCGAAAGAGGAAAGUCAAGAACUGAAUGAAGUGGAGGAGAAACAUCAGUAUCAGGAAACUGAUCAUUUCAAAUCAGAAGAACAACAUUUUAAUUGCUCACAAACUGGAAAGACUUUCUCACAAAAAAUAAGUCAAAGAACAAGAGGCCAAAAUGAUUUCACAUGCCAACAGUGUGGAAAAACGUACAUACGUAAAAGAAGCCUUCAGAUUCACAUAAGAACUCACACAAGUCAGAAGACUUUCAAAUGUCAUCAGUGUGGAAAGAGUUAUAGACACAAAGAAAACCUUAAUUGUCACAUGAAAAUUCACAUUGGAGAGACGCAUUUCACAUGUCAUCUGUGUGGAAAGAGUUUCAGCCAAAAAGAAAAAUUUACUCAUCACAUGAAAAUUCACACUGGAGAAGAGCCUUUCACAUGUCCUCAGUGUAGGAAGAGUUUCACGCACAAAGGGACCCUAAAUAGACACAUAAGAAUUCACACUGCAGAGAAGCCUUUUACAUGUCCUCAGUGUGGGAAGAGUUUCACGCAGAAAGGUACCCUAAAGAGUCACAUAAGAAUUCACACCGGAGAGAAGCCUUUCACGUGUCAUCAGUGUGGAGAGAGUUACAAAGUUCGAAGAAACCUAAAAACUCAUAUGAAAAUUCAUUCUGGAGAGACAAUACACCAGUGAUCCGCGUGUGGCAAGAGGUUUGCGGAGACAAGUAAUUUCAAAACUCAUCUGUGCAUUCACUCUGGAGAAAGACCAUUUAAAGGCCUCUGCACACUUUCUAUGAAAUCGAAGAACGAACAUGUAUAAUGUUAUUAUAGAACAAAAUCGAGCCAAAAUGAAGUUGAUUUUGUGUUCGUUUCGGUGGUUCGUAAUAUAUAGCCUGGGUGAACUUUCAGGAAAACCUCUUACUGGCUGCUAAACACCUUCUUACUGCUAUUGGUCCUCGUCAUCGGUAGAUGUGACCUGGAACUCCACCUACUUUGAGACCAACAACUAAUUCCUGUUCAGUCAGUUAAGAUCAGUCAACAUGAACACACCGGCGUGCAGAGUUAUUAGCGAGCUGGUUUAAACUUAACUACAUCUGUACGAUCGUUUGCGUAGAGGCAUUUUCCAAGACCAUGUCAUACAAUUUUUUUGGUAGUCAAAUCUAAUCUAUCAAAUCUACUCAAAUACUCUUGAGUGACUAUUUACUCUGUUGUUUGAUAUGCUGCUUCACUCAUAUGCUGUCUGCAGCCCAAAGUGUGAUAUGCCUAUCAUCACUUUUUUUAUUCUGCCAAAUCUUCUCUUGAUGUCCUUUUCUGCAUGUCACUGCCCCCUUUGGCAUAUUGCGGCGCCGUUUUGUUGCCCAUUCUGCAUAACGUGGCAGCUCAUUUCAGCUUAUCGCGGCCCAUUCGGACCGUUUCGCGGUCAGCCCGGUUCUCCCAAUGGCCAGUCCGCCCCUGAUCGGCCUCAAAGUGCGUCGGCCCACCGGGAAAAUGCCCGGUAUGCCAGAUUACCAAUCCAGACUUGGAUGUGGCUGUCUUGUCGGGCACUUCUCACACACCUUACAGUCUAGCUGAUUCCACAAAAGCUCAAUGGGGUUAAGAUCCAUAACACUCUUUUUCAGUUUCAAUUAUCUUUGACCACUCUUUUCUUUUUGUUUUUCUGUUUCAAAAGUGGCUUUUUCUUUGCAAUUCUUCCCAUAAGGCCUGCACCCCUGAGUCUUCUCUUUACUGUUGUACAUGAAACUGGUGUUGAGCGGGUAGAAUUCAAUGAAGCUGUCAGCUGAGGACAUGUGAGGCGUCUAUUUCUCAAACUAGAGACUCUGAUGUACUUAUCCUCUUGUUUAGUUGUACAUCUGGCCUUCCACAUCUCUUUCUGUCCUUGUUAGAGCCAGUUGUCCUUUGUCUUUGAAGACUGUAGUGUACACCUUUGUAUGAAAUCUUCAAUUGUUUUGGCAAUUUCAAGCACUGUAUAGCCUUCAUUCCUCAAAACAAUGAUUGACUGAUGAGUUUCUAGAAAAAGCUGUUUCUUUUUUGCCAUUUCUGACCAAAUAUUGACCUUAAGACAUGCCAGUCUAUUGCAUACUGUGGCAACUCAAAAACAAACACAAAGACAAUGUUAAGCUUCAUUUAACUAACCAAAUAGCUUUCAACUGUGUUUGAUAUAAUAAUGUCCUGACUAGGCCUAUACUUUGAUCAGUUGAAUGCCACUUUGGUGAAUUAAAGUAUCAAUUUCCUUCCGAAACAGCAAAAUCUGUAAAUUAUUCCAAACUUUUGGCCGCCAGUGUGUGUGUAUAUAUACUAGGAGCGUAAUGGUUCUCGGUAAAAUCCCGAACCGUACUGUUUGUCAUGUAUGUAUGAUGUAUGUAGAGUAUUAGUACUGAGAAAAUUUACUAAUUUAGUAAUUAGAGAAAAUGUUUUUUUUUUUUUUUUUUUUUAGUAAAAGACCCUGACGAAAUGUAACCAUGGUUUUACUAUAGUAAUAUUAUUGUAACCAUGACUGCUGUUACCAUUUUUUGAGCAGAAAUCCUGGUUUUGAUACAAUUAACCAUGGUUUUAUAACAGUAAUACUGUAAUUUCUAUAUAGUAACCAUGAUUUUACUAUAUAUAGUAUCCAUGACAGUAACCAUGUUUAUUUUGUAGUUACUGUGAUUUUACUGCAGAUAACAUGGUUAAACUAUGGUUUCUGUUGUAAAAAACUGAUUGUUAUUUAAGGGCAAACCUGUUGAAGUGUUUACUAAAUAGAAUAUUCUUUGGAUUUGGGAAUAGUAUUUUUUAUCUGAACAAAGCAAAUACCAAACCGUAAAAAACCUGUGACCCUAAAACCGUGAUACAAACCGAACCGUGAGAAAUUCGAACCGUUACACCCCAAUAUAUAUAUAUAUAAUCACAUUUUAAAUAAUCUUUGAGUCGUUAAAACAGCUUCUUUUACUGAUCUUAUGUGAAUUCUACUCAUAGAAUGAGGCAUGAAGUCAUUGAUAACACAUUUUAAUGUCACAUUAGUUGGUACUUUGCAUGUAAUCUUUCUCGUAUGUAAAUAUAACGAAACCCCUCCCCCAGCAGUGUGGCGAGUGUUUGUAUGUUCACAAGCAGUAUGUAGUUGAUCAGCUGUUUCGAACUCCUUUUUGGCUCUGAGCAAAGAACGAAGAAGAACUUCUCUGUAUGUGUGCCGGGGUCUCAAAACUGCACUAUGGAAGAUUAUUUUGUUAAAAAUGAACAAAAUUACAUAAUCGAGCAAGUAUAUUAAAAUCCAUGUUCAAAACCAUGUGUUUUCCUUACUCUGAUUCACUAAGGUAAUCCUACGAAAAUUAUUUGUAUUUUGAGCUGUCCAGUGGGAUUUCGCACAAAUUUGCAGGCUUAUUUAAUUCAUCUAUGUUUUCCGGUGAAGUUACUUUAGCAUGUUUACAAAUAUUGUUGAUCUCUGAGUGUUUUAUUACAUUGCAUUUUUUCGAAAUUCCCAAAGUGUGCGUGUGUGCAGCUGUUUUCUAAAUAGUUUUGCCCCAGUCGCAGAAAUGCACAAGUUAUUACUUUCCAUUGUCCUUUUAGCCAAUAGUCUGUCUAUUUAAAAGCCACUAUAGGAACAAAUUACAACUAGUUAGUUCGCCAUAAAAUGUAUCAUCAUCUCAAGUUGUUUAUAAUGUACUGAUUUCAUUGCACAGUUAUGUACAUACUAAUUUGUUUAGCGUGUCUCUAUUGUAACUUUACUGCUCAGAAAUUGAUUAAGGAAACUUAUUAUUGUAAUUGUUAUAAAUGCAUAUAUGCAUAUUAUUUUCAUGUUUAAUAAAGUGCA